UAUGAUUGGUGGGCGGCACUGGUAUAUAUCCGUCAGCCUUCAAUCCCACCUUCUCGCCAGUGGAAUUUCAUCUCAGCUCCUGCACCUUUAGGGCAGACGAGAACAUAAACUAAGCAAAAGCUGGCAGGCUGACAAAAAUUGCAUCUUUACAGGACGGAUUAUCUGGUAACUGACCAAUUAGCUGUGGCACACUCGGACUCUGUGUAAACGUGGGAUUUUGACCAUGAGCUCAGUCGCUGUACUUACGCAGGAAAGCUUCAAUGAGCACCGCAGUGGGCUCCGGCCAGAGAAGGGUGGUGCUGCUGGAGCAGCUGGUGGAGAGGAAGAGGAAGCUCUUCCUACCUACAAGGACGCCUUCCCACCUCUGCCCGAGAAGGCGGCCUCACCUGAGGGGACCCAGGAAACCACCAACGCCUGGACGUCCAAGAUCCGACCUCUCAAGGCUUCUGUUAUCACGCAGGUUUUCCAUGUGCCACUAGAGGAGCGCAAGUACAAGGACCUCAACCAGUUUGGGGAAGGAGACCAAGCGAAGGUCUGUGUGGACAUCAUGCACAAGACCGGAGCCCACCUGGAACUCUCCUUGGCAAAAGAUCAGGGCCUCUCCAUCAUGGUGUCUGGAAAGCUGGAUGCCGUGAUGAAGGCCCGCAAGGAGAUUGUGUCCCGACUGCAGACUCAGGCCUCGGCUACUGUUGGCAUCCCCAAGGAGCACCAUCGCUUUGUCAUCGGCAAAAACGGGGAGAAGCUUCAGGAGCUUGAGCUCAAGACUGCCACCAAAAUCCAGAUCCCACGACCCGAUGACCCCAGUAACCAGAUCAAGAUCUCUGGUACCAAGGAAGGCCUGGAGAAGGCCAAGCAUGAGAUCUUGUUGAUCUCAGCCGAGCAGGACAAACGUGCUGUGGAGAGGGUGAACAUUGACAAGGUUUACCACCCAUUCAUCACGGGCGCCUACAACAAGCUGGUAGGAGAGAUGAUGCAGGAGACCGGCGCCCGCGUCAAUGUGCCCCCUCCAAGUGUAAACAAGACGGAGAUUGUGAUCACUGGCGAGAAGGAGCAGGUGGCCCUCGCUGUGACAAUGAUCAAGAAGGUUUAUGAAGAAAAGAAGAAGAAUACCACCACCAUUGCGGUGGAGGUGAAGAAGUCUCAGCACAAGUAUGUGAUCGGCCCCAAGGGGAACACCCUGCAAGAGAUCCUGGAGAAAACUGGCGUCUCGGUCGAGAUCCCACCAUCUGACAGCAGCUCAGAAACUGUCAUCCUUCGCGGGGAGCCAGACCGUCUGGGUCAGGCCCUCACUGAAGUUUACGCCAAGGCAAACAGCUACACUGUUUCCUCGGUCUCAGCUCCUUCUUGGCUUCAUCGUUUCAUCAUAGGCAAGAAGGGACAGAACUUGGCAAAGAUUACCCAACAAAUGCCCAAGGUGCACAUUGAGUUCACCGAGGGAGAAGAUAAGAUCACCCUGGAAGGUCCCACCAAAGACGUGCAGAUGGUGCAGGGCCAGAUUGAAAUCAUUGUUACAGAUUUGGUAAGCCGUAUGGACUUCACAGAGAUUAGCGUGGAUCCCAAAUUCCACAGACACCUGAUCGGAAAAGGAGGGGUUAACAUCAACCGCAUCAAAGAGCUGCACAAGGUGUCUGUCCGCAUCCCCCCUGACAAUGAGAAGAGCACCGUGAUCCGUAUCGAGGGAGAUCCCCAGGGUGUGCAGGAGGCCAAGAAGGAGCUGCUGGAGCUUACGUCGCGCAUGGAGAACGAGCGUACAAAGGACAUGAUCAUUGAACAGCGUUUUCAUAGAGCCAUCAUUGGCCAAAAAGGGGAGAAGAUAAAAGAAGUGCGGGACAAAUUCCCAGAGGUCAUCAUCAAUUUCCCCGACCCAGCACAGAAAAGUGACAUUGUUCAACUUCGAGGCCCACGCAAUGAGGUUGAAAAAUGCUCCAAGUUCAUGCAGAAGAUAGUUGCUGAAAUGACGGAGAACAGCUUUUCUCUCUCGGUCCCCAUCUUCAAGCAGUUCCACAGAAACAUAAUUGGAAAAGGAGGAUCAAAUAUCAAGAAGAUCCGGGAGGAAACCAGCACAAAAAUAGACUUGCCUGCUGAGAACAGCAACUCCGAGAUGAUAGUCAUCACAGGCAAGAAGGCGAACUGCGAGCUCGCACGAACUCGCAUCCUGGCCAUUCAGAAGGAGCUGGCCAACAUCACGGAGAUGGAGGUGUCCAUCCCCUCCAAGCUGCACAACUCCCUGAUCGGGUCCAAGGGCCGCUUUGUGCGCUCCAUCAUGGAGGAGUGCGGCGGCGUGCACAUCCACUUCCCCACCGAGGGCUCAGGGAUCGACAAGGUCACCAUCCGAGGCCCCGCUGAGGAGGUGGAGAAGGCCAAGCAGCAACUGCUCGCCUUGGCAGAGGAGAAGCAAACAAAGAGCCACACUGCCGAGCUGCGCGCGAAGCCGGAAUACCACAAGUUCCUCAUCGGGAAAGGUGGCGGAAACAUCCGCAAGGUUCGCGACAGCACCGGGGCCCGGAUCAUCUUCCCCACCGCGGAGGACCAAGACCAGGAGCUCAUCACCGUGGUCGGCACUGAAGAAGCCGUGCGGGACGCCCAGAAGGAGCUGGAGGAGCUCAUCAAGAGUUUGGACAACGUUGUCGAGGAAAAUAUGAUCGUUGACCCAAAGCACCACCGCUACUUUGUGGCUCGCCGCGGCCAAGUCCUCCGGGACCUCGCCGAUGAGUACGGUGGCGUGAUGGUGAGCUUCCCUCGCACGGGCACUCAGAGCGAAAGCGUCACCCUGAAAGGAGCCAAAGACUGUGUGGAAGCAGCCAAAAAGCGUAUGCUGGAGAUCGUUGACGACUUGGACGCUCAAGUAACCGUUGAGUGUGUGAUCGCUCAGAAGUUUCACCGCUCCAUCAUGGGUCCAAAGGGCUCACGGAUCCAGCAGAUCACCAGAGAUCACAAUGUGCAGAUCAAGUUCCCAGAGCGCGAGGACCAGCAAGCAGCUGCAGCAGCAGCAGCGGCAGCGGCGGCAGCAGCUGCUGCACCUCCUGCAGAGGAACCAAUUCAGAACGGCGAGGCCAAUGAAGAAGUGAAGGAGCCCGUCGAUCCCAGCGCGCCCAGGAAGUGUGACGUGAUUGUGAUUUCUGGCCGCAAAGAGCGGUGCGAGGCUGCUGUGGAAGCACUGAAGGCUUUGGUUCCUCUCACUAUUGAGGUGGAAGUGCCUUUUGAGCUUCAUCGCUACAUCAUCGGACAGAAAGGAAGUGGAAUUCGAAAGAUGAUGGAUGAAUUUGAGGUUAAUAUUCAAGUGCCUGCUCCUGAGCAGCAGUCUGAUAAAAUCUCUAUCAGCGGCCUGGCCAAUCACCUCGAUCGCGCCAAAGAGGGCCUCUUGGAUCGCGUCAAAGAGCUGCAGGCCGAUCAGGAGGAUCGGGCACUCAGGAGCUUCAAGCUGACCAUCACUGUGGACCCCAAAUAUCACCCCAAAAUCAUCGGCCGCAAGGGCGCCAUCAUAACCACCAUCCGCACUGAGCACGACGUUAACAUCCAGUUCCCAGACAAGACUGAUGAAAACCAGGAUCAGAUUACGAUUACAGGGUAUGAGCACAAAGCCAUAGCAGCGCGGGACGCCAUCCAGGCCAUAGUGGAGGAGCUCGAGGAGAUGAUCUCUGAGGACAUCACCCUGGACAGCAGGGUCCAUGCCCGCAUCAUUGGAGCCCGCGGCAAGGGCAUCCGCAAGAUCAUGGAUGAGUUUAAGGUUGAUCUCAGGUUUCCCCAAAGUGGAUCUGCAGACCCCAACCUUGUGACGGUCACGGGUCGCCCCGAGCUUGUGGAUGAAGCCAUUGACCACCUUCUCAACCUGGAAGAGGAAUAUUUGGGAGAUGUUGAGGAGAACGAGUCAAAGAUGCCUUUCCAGAGGCCUCACGGGGGAAGUGCUUCCGCCAUGGACGAACAACGCGGCCCGUCGAAAGGCUUUGUGGUGAGAGAGGCUCCCUGGACCACUGGCAAUGAGAAGGCCCCGGACAUGAGCAGCUCUGAAGAUUUCCCGAGCUUUGGCGCCCCCGUGGCAGCCAAGGCCUCCCCCUGGGGACCCAAGCGCUUCUAAGCCAUGCUGCUCCAGAUGGGCCUCAUCGAAAACCGGACACAAUCUUCCCCUCUUUUGCCUCCCCCACACCCUCACCCCCGCUAUUGACCCCGGACUGACCGCUGACCCUUUGAGUCUUCAGUUCUGAGAAUGUCAUCCUUCUCUGUGUACUUAUGCCGCCCUGCCCUCGCACAUUCAUCAGUCUAAAAGUGCUUUCAGAUACUGUAAUCGACUUGUGAGCUUUUGUAUCUGCAUUUAAUAAUGCUCUCUCAACGCAAAAAAAAAGAAGACGUUCAAUCUAUACAUUGUGUACACGGGUGACUUGUAAGUGUUGAUUUAGACCUGACAUUUCUUCGUGGUUUGAACUGUUCUACCAAAUCCAGCCGUGGGUUCUUUUAGCCGCCCUUCUCUUAGUUGCCUUCGCAGGUUGGGGUGAAGGGAUUGAAUUACAGCUGGGGCCAGCUGUUUAGGUAAACCCCUCCUGGUCCCCCCCCCUUCCCCACCCCCCCUCUCCCAGGCCUGCUUUACUCAUGUAGCCGAGCAGAGUUGUCACUUGUUGGCUCUCAAGCACACUGCAGUGGUCGUCCUUUUUCCGUGUGCUUGUUGACUGUGCUUCUGUGAGUCGUGGCACGUACCUUGUAGCCUUACGAAUUGGUAAACUUCACAGGGGGGAGGGGGGAGGAGGGGGAGGAGGAGGUGUCGUCAGCUGUCGUCAGCUGUCGUCAGCUGUCGUCAGCCGUCGUUCCAUUCAAACUGCCAGAUGCUCGGAGAUCAUGCCCCGAACUAAACUUCUUACAACACUAUGGCCUAGAGCUCAAACGUAUCAAACCUCACACUAACUGUUGAAUGAAACUUUCUUUUUUUUUUUUUUUUUGACUUUUUUUUUUUUUUUUUGACAUUCAAAAGUAAAUGACUGUCCAAAAAUCUAAAUAUGACCGUGUUUGUGGGCUAAAUCAGCAGACCAUCUCGUGCCAACUAUCUGUCCUGUUAGUGGUGUCCUGUGUUACUCAUCCUCUGUAGUGGGUCAGUGUCCAGUCCCUUUGUCUUCCAGUUGCUAUGCAGAUUAUUCUGUUCUAUAUAGCAAUGGCCCUUCUUUUUUUAUCAGCCUUACAGUUAGAAAGAUAGCAACCAGGUAGAGGUGAUGUCCAGGUGCAUUUUUAAUGGCCAACAGGGAAAGGUUUGUUUAUUGUUCAUGUGAACGCUAUUGGAAAUCUCCCAGCGCCCCCUCCCCCACUCCCCCCCUCCACCUCACCUCAUCCCCCACCUCAGUUAUUGUAAUGACUUUAAUUUGGCAUCAGGAGUUCAGAUUUGGCUUGCGAGCGGCUAACUGAACACCUUGUAUCAGCCUACCUUGGUUUUUAUCCUUCUAGCAUUGAAUGAAAGAUUAUGCAAAUACAAUUGAAGUGAACGGUUAUGGAUGACACUGGAAAACAAAAUUGUCCAAAAAGUCAAUAAAAAUUGAAAACCUG